AUGAACAAUACUGCUCAGCCAUCCCUUACUCUGCUGGCCGCCGCGCCUGCUAUGAACGAAUUUGAUUAUGGAGCUCUCUUACUGGGUGACGAGCUGUUGUUCGGGGACGAGAACAUCCACUCGAGCGAGACGCUUUCAGAAUCGUCCCCGAACAGAGCGUCCAGGUCUGGGGCCGGGAACUCGGGCGGAGAUGGUGUUAUCCACAUCACCCAUAGGGAACGAGAACAUCUGGUCAUCCGCGGCAUCCUCAUCAUCGGCACGCAGAUGUGGAUCAAGGGCAUCAAGCCCAUCUUCGUGAACAUCAUGGGCGAGGAUUCGAGCGCCGUGCUGGAGCCCAGAAUGGCCGACCUGCCGCUGAUUCAGAAGGAGCGGGCGGACGGCGCGUGGAUCCAGCUCCCGCACGAGAAGUUCCAGCGCGUCAUCGACACGGGGAACCAGACGAUGGUCCUCCUGGCGAGCCACUGGAUCGCGCUGAAGCAGAUCAUGGCCUUCAUCACCAACGCCGAGCACGAGCGUCGCGAGAAGGCGCCGCCGCCAAAGGAGAGGAGCGCCACCGAUCCGUCCGGCACCGUCCGCUGGCUGGGGCAUCUCAACAAGCAGGUCGACCACGAGCACCUCGUAUACAACCAGUGGCCGUUGUGGUCGCCCGUGUGCACGACGCUCUACCACUUCGGGCCGGGCAAGCCGCCCGUCCUCCGCCUGCCGCGGGCGCCCGUCUCCGCGCCGGGCGAGCCCGCGGACGGAGACCUGGACGUGUCGGUCGUGCCAAAGUCCCUCGUGUCGCGGACUCAGGUCCUCGAGACGCCGCGGGUCGCCCAGCUAGUGCGCGGGCCGGGGACGAGGACGGAAGGCACCGGGCGCAGCGCGGCGGGGAAAGGGGACAGGCUGGCGGCCGACCUGUCGAGGUGGACGGGCCCGAAGGGCGGUCGCGCGCGGGACGCGGUCGAGGCGCUCGUCGUCGCGAGCUGUGUGUGCAUGCUGAAAAAGGAGGUGGACCGGCGGAGGAUGCACCAGAUGGUGAUCAUGGCCGGAGCCGCCUCGGGAGGUUCCUGA